CUUCAUCAGUGGCAUCGUUCUCUAUGCGCCAUCAAUCGUGAUGGAGACAAUGAUGGGGGUUCCACUUUGGAUGUCGGUCAUAGGCGUGGGCACCAUCGGCACCAUUUACACCUCUGUCGGUGGGAUUAAAGCCGUGGUUUGGACUGAUGUUUUUCAAUUUUUCAUGAUUUUUACUGGAAUGGCUGCGAUCGUUGCGAAGGGGGUGUAUUCCUCGGGGGAUUUGGAGCAAUGUUUGAAAUUGCUGGAAAUCGUGGCAGAUUGGAAUUAUUUAACUGGACUAUUGACCCCUUCAUGCGACAUAAUACAUUAAACAUUAUUUUGGGAAACGGAUUUUCUGGACUUCUUUUUCUCACACAUCAGCCAGUUCUACAACGAUAUUGCGGUCUGCGCUCGUUCAAAGAUGCUGUAAAAUCAAUUAUUUGGAGUUAUAUUUUUGGUUUCCUCACAAUCGGUCUGGUGAUUCUGACUGGAAUAUCCAUUUUCGCCCACUAUGCCGAUUGUGAUCCUUUAAAGUCGCAUCAAAUUGAGAAAAGUGAUCAGAUUGUUCCAUUCUUUGUAAUUCAAGAGCUAGCUUUCAUCCCAGGAAUGAUGGGCUUGUUUGCUGCAGUAAUAUUUAGUGCAGUUCUCAGUACAAUAUCGUCCACAUUAAACUCACUUGCAGCGGUUACAUAUGAAGAUUUCCUGUCCAAAAUUUCAUUCUUUAGGAACAUGGGAGAUUUUGGGCAGACUUGUACUUAUAAAACGCUAUCCGUGAUGUAUGGAGUUAUUUGCGUAGCAUUGGCGUUUUCUGCGGAACACUUUGGAAGUAUCUUCCAAGCAGCAAUUACGGUGGUUGGGGCGGCAAUCGGGGUUCUGGGAUCUGUCUUUUUAACGGGGGUCUUCAUGCCCUUCGUGAAUAAGCGGGGAGCAAUUUCUGGUCUCGUCGUCGGAAUUUCUGCAAUGAGUGUUAUUACAAUUCAGGCUAUUCUGAUACAAAAAACUCACAGCUUCCAGCCCAAACUGGACGUGUCUAUAGAACAAUGUUCAGAGUCAGUUUACGAGAAUUUAAAAAAUGCAACUUUGGACACUUCCAAAAAGCUCUUAGGAGUCGAUGAUUUAAAGUGGCCCACUAAGUUUUUUACCGUCUCUUAUAUCCUAUACUCAUUUAUUGGAGGAAUGAUUACAAUCAUAGUCGGAGUUUUGGUUAGCGUCCUCACGAAUGGUUGCAGGGAUGCGAAAUAUGUCAGUCCAGAAUUUUUACACCCAUUAAUCAGGCCAAAGAAAGCAAGCGUUCCUCCAGUAUCGAUUCCUAAAGCACACAUCAACAGAGGAUUCAUUGAUUAUGGUGAUAACAUGCAAAUGUCUACACGCCCAUCGCAGGUCAACAAAAGUCAGGAAUGAAUGAUUUAAUGGGUUAUAUGGAAAAUCUAAUAACCAAGUCUUAAAACGAAGUAAUAAAGGAAACAGGAGUUUUAAAAGUUAAUUAAUUAUUCUAAUUUGAAUUUCGUAAUUUUGUGAUGACAGAAUGAUCGACUUCAUGAAUUAUUUACUUGUGUACUUGGGUUUCUUGCAGAAACAAAAAGCACUGUAAAAACUUGUGCACGUGUACUUCUUCUUGUUGGAGGAACAUUAUAGUUCUAAGCAUGCAUGUACAUAUACCGACGAAUUUCUGGAUGGAAUUCUUGAACGUCCUCAUACAAUAUAUGUAUGUAAUAUUUAAUUAUGUACAUACCUAUGAAUGAAAUGAAUAUGUAUGCUUUGUACAUCUAACUUUCAAUCCACAAUAACAAUGAUUGACCAUG